UUUCCGUAUAAGUGACGAUAGAGAAAUUGUGCUGAGAAAUGAGAAGUUGAAAAGGGUAGCCUGGGAAAUCAAAUGGAAUUAGAGUUUGAGUUGAGUUGGAUUCGAAGCAUGUGAACAGCGAGUGACGAUUAGAUAGAUAGAGAGAUAGCGUGAGUGACGGUGGUUUUUCUGAAACAAGAUUCACAAAGUUAUAAAUAGGUCUUCUCUGUCUCUGACUAGGGUUUACUUUCUCUCUCUUUCUCAACUCUUUGUUUGUUCUAAAUAUGCGUGGAUCGCAUAGACGAGUUUCAUGGGCUUCUGAUUUUAAUCUUUGUCAGGUUAGGUUAUUCUUAUCAGAUGAAUCUCCUUCACAAGUUGGGUUAAAUUCUCAAGAUCACCUCCAAGCAAAGACAUCAUUGCUGUUGCAUCCAGGUGGAGCUGGUUCUGAUGACUCUCUGCCUCCUGGAUUUGAGGGAACUCAUGCUUCAAGUCAGUUUGAGAUUAAUCUGUCCCAAAUACCAGUUAUUAGUUGGACUAGACCUCCAAAGAUUGUGCUAAAUCUCACAUGGCAAGUGGUGGCUGGAGAAGAGAGCAAAGAGGUGGAGGAUCAACAUAAAAGGGAGCUGAGAGUACUUGAAGCUAUUUAUCCUCGCAUUUCGUCCAUUCCUUCAAACCCUGCUGUUUCAGUGGAUGUGGAAAAUUCCCAUCACAUUGAUGGUCAAAUUCCUUUGAUACCAAUUACUCCUAUUGAAGACGAUGAUGCGGUUGCCGAUACAGUAUCUAAUGUUUCACAGUCUCUUGAACAACCUACUGGUAUAUUGAAGGUUUCGAGCUCUGCUACAAAUAUGCACUUAGCUGGUGGUCUAGGGUCUGAUGUAGCUGCUGCAGCUGCUGCUUUAACCAACAUAGUCAAGAGCAAUGAACGUGGAAAUUUGAUUGACCAUGAAUUACUUAAGAAUAUUCUCAGGAGUCCAGAAGUGAUUGAGAAGUUGGUUAGAGAUUAUGGAGUUACUAAUAAUUCACAGUAUGUACAUAAUGUGGGACCAUCUUCAGCAGCUUUUUCACGUCCUCCUAUUGCUACUAAUCAAGGAGAAAAUGCUUUGCUCUCAUCGGUUACUUCUUCCUAUAUUCACCCAACUGGAGGCCAGGCAGCAAGCGUUUCUACCCAGUGGGUUCCUAGGCCUGUAGUGAAUUCAGUUAGUGUUGCUUCCCCUGUUGAGGUCCCUUCAAAAAAAGAUGCAAACUACUAUAAGAGCUUAAUUCAACAACAUGGAGGAGACAAACAAGAAACAUUUCCAUACUCUAGCAGUAAUCAGAUCCAGCAGCCAGUAAACCAAUAUGAGACAGCAUACAAUCCUAGAGCGAAAGCGUUGAGACCAAAGAUAAUGAAGCCUUGUAUCUUCUUUAACAGUUCUAGAGGGUGUAGGAAUGGAGCUAACUGCUCAUACCAGCAUGAUGCAUCAUUCCAGCAACGAGGGAGUACUGUGUCCGGGAUACAAAGCUCAAAGAGAAUGAAACUGGAUAAUGAGAUUAGCAGUUAAUUAUCUCAUUUUGAUGCAGAGGGCUGAAUGCAGGGUCCAUAUCAUACACAUUUGAUAUGGUCAAGUUUACAUUUUAUUUUUUAAGUUAUUGUCGGGAGCCUAAUUUGCUGCAAGUUUUCGCGAUCUUAUAUUUUGUCAUUUUCGGAUGAAAGGCUCUUGAUUUUCUUCCCUUAAUUGAGAAUAUGCCGAAAUCA